AUUGACGAUCACUAUUGGAGCGCUCUCGCAUUGCUAGAUUGGCGCUCACGGCCGCGCUGACGCGGCGCCGCGGUGCACGCCGGAACCCGAGGACGUGGUCGCGCGUCAUGGCGGAGGGGGGCAGCAGGCAGGCGCGACUCGCCGCGGCCAAGAAGAAGCUGAAGGAGUACCAACAGAAGGCGGUCCCCGGCGGAGGAGAUGGCGGCAGCGCCAAGAAGAAGCGGCGAGGCCGAGACAGCGAGGAUGCCGGCGGUGACCCCCGGGAUGAGCGGGACAGCCGUGAGCAGGUGGCGGAGGUGAUGGAUGGGGGGGAGGAGGAGCAGCAGGAGGGAGUGCGGGACGUCUCGUCCACGGAACGCUUGCGCCAGAUCUCUGUGCAGAUCAACGGCCUCAUGUCCGAGUCAAACUACCGCAACGGGGAGAGCGGCAGCCACUUGGCAGACACCAGAGAACUAGAGACGAGGAACCAGGAGCUGACUCAGGCUCUGGACGCUGCGUCGCUCGAUCACAAGAGACUCCUCGCAGACCUGCACGACGCCAAGCAGCAGAACGAUGCCCUGGAGACAGAGCUCCUGAAGGUCCGCGCUGAUCAGGAGAAGCGGCUUCAGAGUGAAGGGUCAGCUUUGGAACAACUGCAGGUGCACGUUCAGACGAUCGGGAUCCUGGUGUCGGAGAAGUCGGAGCUGCAGAACACACUGAGCCUCGCGGAUAAAUCCCUGCAGCAGAGAGCCGGCGAGGUGGAGGAUCUGAGCGCGCGUCUCAAUGCCGGGCGCCAGCGUGUGUCGGAGCUGGAGCGCGCCCUCUCCACCGUCUCCUCCCAGCACAAGCAGGCCGAGAAGCUCGCCAAGGAGCUGCAGGCGGAGAGAGCGGCCGUGGCGGAGGAGCGAGACCAGCUGAUGCGCGUGCGGGACGAGCUGACUCAGCAGACGUCGGAGCAGGCGGGCCAGCUGGCGUCGCGCGCCGCCGAGGUGCUGGGGCUGCGUGAGUUCACGGAGGAGCUCAAGGGCAAGCUGCACAUGGCCGACAUCAUGGUGCAGCAGCUGUCGAGUCAGGCCGGGAUGCCCCAUCUCAACCAGCAGCUGCAGCAGCUCUCGGAGGAAAGAGAACAGCUCCAGCAGCAGCUGCACGCGAUGUCGGAGUCGGUGCAGCAGCUGAUGCUGGAGCGGCAGCAGCACCUGCAGCAGAUGGAGGAGCAGGGGCGCCUCUGGCAGGAGACGGCUCAGCACUCGGCACAGCAGGUGGAGCUGCUGUCUCGUGAGAAGGAUGAGCAGGUGGUGCGGAUCAGAGAAAUGGAGCGGUCGCUGCACGAGCUGGAGCAGCAGAAGCUGGUUUUGUGCGAGCAGGCGGCGCGAGAGUCGAGCGCCGCCGUCGCCGCGUCGGAGCAGGAGGGGCCCUCGGAGCGUGAGCACGGCCUGGCGGCGGAGCUGGAGAGGGCGCACAGGGAGAAAGACAAGCUCCUCGCCCAGUACCAUGCGCAGGUGCGCGACAACGAGCAUCUGAGCGAGCUCAACCGCGAGGCGGAGUCGCGGCUGCUGGCGCUCGAGUCGCGGCUGGGGGACCUGGGCUGCGAGGCGAGCGACCGGCAGCGGCUGCUGGAGACGGCGCAGGCCGACAAGGCCACCAUCUCCCGCGCGCUGGCGCAGAACCGCCAGCUCAAGGAGCAGCUCGCCGAGAUGCAGAACGGCUUCGUCAAGCUGAGCAACGAGAACAUGGAGCUGGGCAGCGCGCUGCAGUCGGAGCAGCACGUGAAGAAGGAGCUCGCUCGCCAUAUGGGCUCUCUGCAGGAGAACUCCCACGAAGUCAAGGAGCAGCUGCAAGCCAAGUGCGCGGAGGCGGAGGCUCUGGUGGCGGAACGGAGCGCGGUGCUGCAGCAGCUGCAGCAGUACGGGGCGGCCGUGGUGCAGCUGCAGGCGGAGCGCGACGAGCUGCACAGGCAGUGCCUGGCCCAGAGCACGCUGCUCGACCGUGUGCAGCACCAGGAGGCCGAGGCUCGUUCCGCUCUGCACAUCGCGCACGACAAGCUGCGCUCUCUGGCCCAGGGGUCGCAGGUCACCGUCGACGGGCCGCAGGUCGCCGCGGAGGGGGUGCUGCAGGGCGGGGAGAGGAGGGUGGGAGAGGGGGGCCCCGAGGAGGGCUGGGCCGUGGAGGGUGCCCUGCAGGGCGUGCUGGAGGACAUGGCGUCGCUGCUGGAGGCGCCGACAGACUCGCCCGCUCCGUCUCCCACAGACUCGCCCGCUCCGUCUCCCACGGACUCGCCCGCUCCGUCACCCACAGACUCGCCCGCAGACGAGGCUGGGGCCGAGGAGCCAGAGGAGACGGUCUCGCACCUGCGGGCUCUGGUUGAGCAGCGCGAGAGCGAGCGAGCGCAGCUCAUCUCUCGACUUCGGGACGUCUACGCCGCCCUGCGUCGUCUGGGCAACCUCGCCGCCCACCCCUCGGCCGCCCCCCACCACGGGGAGGGGGCCGUGUCCCCCCAGGAGCACGAGUCUCUGCGUGCGGCCAUGGAGCAGCUACAGGUUCGCUUCCAGGCCGUGAUGCGGGAGAAGGCCGACCUCCGCGAUCAGCUGGAGCAGCUGGAGCACCGCUGCGAGCAGCUGUCGGGAGAGACCGACACCAUCGGCGAGUACAUCGCGCUGUACCAGAGCCAACGCGACGUCAUGCGCCAGCGCCACCGCGACAAGGACGAGUUCAUCAACCGCUUGGCGCUCGACCGCGACAACAUGAAGGUGAAGCUGGGGGAGCUGCAGGAGCUGGUGAUGAGACUCCUGGCCGAAAGGAACGCGUGGGGGCUGGAGGGGCCGGCGCCACGGGGGGUAGCGGCGGUGACGGCGGUGACGGCAGCAGCAGCGGGAGGAGGUCUCAACGAGGAGGAGCAGGAGGAGGGAAUGGGCCCUCACCUGCCCAACGGCACCCAGGACGGAGGUGAAGGAGGUGAGAGCGAGGGGACGAGUGCGAGGGAGGGAGCGGCAGAUGCUGGCACGGAGAGAGCACACACAGACGACGACCCUCGGCCCCCCACGACCGCCGAGCCCCCCGGCACGGCCGGGCAGAUCAUGCAACUGCUUCAGGAGCUGCAGGAGUCGCGCGGGCCCUCCUCCUCCUCCUCCUACCUCGACGAGUCCACGUGCAUCCCCUUCUUCUACCGCGUGGACACCGACAACGAGGUCAAGGUCAUGCUCAUAUGAGGUCACGCACGAGGUCGCGACCUUGCCCGAGCGAGCGGCCGUGCCCACCAACGUACCCUCGGCUGCCUAGUCCACGGCACGGGCGGGCGGGCGGCUGGACGGGCGGGAAAGUAGCCCCGGCAGCGGCAUGGAGGGCACGGCGAGCCGAAGGGGGUCGCCCGGCAAGCAGCUUCGCGGACGUUCACACCUACGCGGAUCGCUCAGAUGUGAACCCGGCUCUUGAGGUCACGGCUCGUGGGCGAGAUCGCGUCAAGAGGUCAAAGUCACGCGUGCGCGAUGAUCGCGUGACGUCCGGAGGGCGGAACGGUUGGUGGGGGGGGGGGGCAGAGGGUGGGCGGGUGUGGGAGGAUGGAGGGGCUACAGACAAGAGCGAUUGAUGGGGGUGCACAGACAACAGGGUGGUGGUUGUUUUAGGGGGCCGUGUGGGUGCAUCCACGGCAUGUGCACGUCUACAGGUGCAUGGUGAAAACGUGUGUGCGUAUGGCAGGAUGUGUGUAGGAGGGUCUACGUCGAGGGUGUGUGUAAGGUGAGGGGUGUAGUGCAACGGUUUGAGCGCUUUGCUAUAAAGCCGCUCGCUCGCAGCCACCAUGGGCGACGAUUAAUUGGACCGGUCCUGGGCUUCCCCCCCUAGGUCUACUCAGUACCUGGUGCGAUGUCGAGUUAACAUCAGCACUGGGGAGCAAAGGCUGCCGGGCGUGGUGCUGGCCACCCACUCACUCGUGUGCCGUGCCGGCCUUCAUAAGUGCUACUCCCUUCUAACAGCACUUGCCCCGACAGUCUGUUAAGGCUAUACGGGGGGGGGGGGGGGGAGGUCUUUUGUACGGGUAGAGGCUGCGCGGCUGUGAAGGAAGCGGAGAGGUUGUGUGGCACCACACGCUGACGGGGGUAUCGGCGGAUCAUCUCGUGCGGCCGCUCUCACAGCCUGACCCGUGAGGCGGCGAUUUACACCAGGGCCCACUCCCGGUGAAUGGAGAUUGGUUUAGCAGUGGUUCUUGCAAGUGGAGGAGAUUGGUUAGUUCUGUGAACUACAAACGAGUUCUCUUUAAACUCCGACAGUAGGUCGCGGGGGAGGCUGAGUAGCGCGGAGAGGGCUGAGGAGUUGGGGGGCUGGGAGACUGUGGGCGUCUGGAGCACUGGGAGAUUUGGGGAAGGGGUGGCUAGGAAUACAAAAACAAUGGGGAGAAUUUACUGAGUAGUCGGGGACUGUGAGUCCAGUCUCCCCCAUGGCUGCACUUGGCAAGAUGCUCUCACUUUAUACGUUUGGGGCACGGGGUCACGGGGAAGAGAUGUUAAAGGCGAGCGGCGUGCACAUAUCACGGGCCGUGCUGGAGUGCGUGUGUGCGCGUGCGUCGGUGUGUCCAUUCCUCUUUGUGCCCGUCUGUCUGUAUAUAUAUAUGUCUCUGCGUCCUACGUGCGCGUGUUGCCUUCAUCUGUCUGCGUGUCUUACUACGUCGGUGUCCGCCUGCCGGGUGUCUUCGUAGCUACGUGUCUGUAUUGUCUGUGUACGUGCGUGUCUUCAUGUCUGUGCAUGUUUCUGUCCAUUUCUUUUUGGAAACCUGUUUUUCCAAGUAUCUCUGCGUAUGGUCCCAUGUGUGUGCGUGUGCCUGCGUGGCUGUUGUGGGGAGCGGUUAGCGCGCUGCUCUACAAAUCCAGUUGACUCAAAUGAGUACCUGGUGCGUUGUGCAGUAAACAUCAGCACUGGGGAGACGAAGGGGGCCCCGGGCGUGGUGCUUGCCACCAACCCCUUGAGUGCCGUACCGCCCUUUAUAGUUGCUCACCCCAAUAAUUUGUUAAGGCUUUUCGGUGGAUCAUUACUUUUUUGGUGUGUCUGUGUGCCUCAUGUAAUCCUGCUGUAAACAGAGCUGUAUCGAGUCUCCCAUUUCCACGACAGCAAAGGCCUCUGCCAGGCCUCACUUGCUCAGUGUGCGUCUCGUACGCACGGACACCGCGAGAAUACCCGUGGUGCCACGCGUGCGCCUAUACGACAAGUGUUUCCCCGUUGCGUACCAUACACGCACGCGUACCACAAGUGUGCCACGCGUACCAACGGCGGACUGUGUACCAUGUGUAUAGCUUACAAUGUGGGUGUGGGUGUUCCAAUCUGAUUAAGUGGGUGGUGACCACUUGGACAGUGGUGGGGGCUUGUAUUAAUUUGGGGGGGAGCAGGAGUUGUAACCCACCCCCAGGGCUGGUGUAUAAUCGGUUAAGGCUGUCACAUGCCCCCCGACCCCUAGCCGCCCCCCCCAACCCCACAAAGGGGUGCUGGGGCGGAUUGAGUUUUGCACAUAAUUGUAUCUGGUGGGGGAUAUUUAUUUGAGAUUGCUUUGGGAAUCUUGGCGCUUUUUGAUAAAAACCUGUAUCUACUACUAUUAAGCGCGGUGUUGGCGGCUAGAUUCCUGUUAUUUCAUAGAUUCCUCGCGCGUGUCCUCCAAUAAAUCAACCGAUUGCA